CAACUUCUGGUCAAAAUUUUCUUUGUUCUUUCCAGAAGGAUUACGUGUCUGUGUCAUACAAACUGAAAGUUUCCAGUGAUCGUUAUCCAAAAUGGCAUUUUGUGGGGACGUCUCUAAAUUCUGCAUCAUCGGAUCUGUUCUUCAAACACUCGCAUUUGUUCUUCAUAUCAUAGGAUUUGCUUCACCUUACUGGAUUUAUAGUAAAGAAAGUCGAGGUCCAGCAAGCCUUCAGGUGAAUGCAGGAUUGUGGCAAAGUUGCAAUACCGUUAGUGGUGCUGGUCAGGAUGUCACCACAUGUACUGACAUUAGUAUUGCACCAGAUUGGUUUAAGGCAGUACAAGCUUUUGCUUGCCUAGGAUUGAUCUCCCUUCUGAUUGCUGUUGUUGCACUGGCAGUUAAACGUUGUAUGGACAAGGCCUUGCUGUUUUAUUUGUCUGCUGGGUUAACAUUUGCAGGAGCGGUUUGCAUUUUGAUAUCCAUUGCUGUCUACGCCGCAAAGGUUACCGACCUCGGUUCAAGCGGACAUUUUCAUUUUGCCUUUGCUUUUUGUAUCAUUGCAAUGGUUCUUGCAAUACCUUCUGGGAUUUUAAUAAUUGUCGAAGGCUCAAAAUAAUACCAAAUACAAUAAAUAAUAGCUUAGAAAUUAAUAUCAGUUAUUUUUUAUCUUAAAAGCAUAAAGUUGAUAAUAUGUAAAUAUUGGACGUAGUUGAGUGUAACAUUGAAAAUGUUCGCCCAAAGAAAACCAUUGUCAACAGAGAUGCAACCGAGGUUGACAAUGGUCUUCGAAAAUGUUGACACACGAAGGAAUAUGAGUAUUUCUUUUUUAUUUAAAAAAAAUAUCAAAAAAGGGGAUAUAUUUAAUCAGAAUAGAUUCUUCGAUCCACAUAUCAAAGGCGAUGACAAAUUAAGAAAAUUAACG